UCGACCUCAGAAAUUCGCACCCUGCGAAGCACCCACCCAUCUUCAACUGCAUUGCUCCGAGCCUGCGACUUUCUUGUCGCAAACUGCAGCCACCAAGUCAGCGACCAUCACCAAAUCUUGUGGAAUCAUUCAGAAAAACACCCCCCUUCACCUUCAGACCCUCACUUAUACACGCGAGGGCGUGUAAGUCGCGUAGUAGGAGCCAUAAGCCUCCGCGAGGCGCUCCCGUCACCAUGGCUCCCCGUCCCCGGCAGAGCGGCAAUGACACCGACGCGUCAAUGCCCGAUGCUCCAGAACCCAACCAGAAUUUUCGGGCCGGCCAAGACAUGGACGUUGACGAGACGCCCGACUACACCGAUUCGGAUACGAACCCGAAUACCACCGCCAGCAGCGUGGCGGGCGAGCCUGUCGUGGACGGCCGCAAAAGGCGCUCAGAAGCGAACCAGUUACGGAGGAGUAUUUUCGGCAAGAAGCACGACAGAUUGGGAGAAUCCAAGGAAGAUGACACCAUCCGUCGAUUCCGCUACCUCCUCGGCCUAACGGAUUUGUUUCGCCACUUCAUCGAGACAAAUCCGAACCCCAAGAUCCGCGAGGUCAUGGCCGAGAUUGACCGGCAGAACGAGGAGGCCCAAAAAGCAAAGAAGGGAACCGGUCGCCAGGGCGGCGCUACUAGCGAUAGACGCCGCCGGACCGAAGCCGAGGAGGAUGCCGAGCUGCUCAAGGACGAAAAGCAUGGCGGCUCCGCUGAGACAGUUUUCCGCGAGUCGCCCCCCUUCAUCCAGGGCACCAUGAGAGACUACCAAAUCGCCGGUCUCAACUGGCUGAUAUCGCUUCACGAGAACGGCAUAUCAGGUAUCUUGGCAGAUGAAAUGGGUCUGGGCAAGACCCUUCAGACGAUAGCUUUUCUAGGUUACCUGCGACAUAUCAUGGGGAUCAGUGGCCCUCACCUGAUCACUGUGCCCAAGUCGACCCUGGAUAACUGGAACCGGGAAUUUACCAAGUGGACUCCGGAGGUCAACGUUCUCGUUCUGCAGGGAGCAAAGGAGGAGCGCCAUCAACUCAUCAAUGACCGCCUGAUUGAUGAGAAUUUCGACGUCUGCAUCACCAGUUACGAGAUGAUCCUUCGUGAAAAGGCCCACCUCCGAAAAUUCGCCUGGGAGUACAUCAUCAUUGAUGAAGCCCAUCGCAUCAAGAACGAAGAGUCAUCGCUGGCGCAGGUCAUUCGCAUGUUCAACUCGAGAAACCGCCUGCUCAUUACCGGCACCCCUUUGCAAAACAACCUGCACGAGCUUUGGGCACUUCUCAAUUUCCUCCUGCCCGACGUGUUUGGUGAUUCAGAAGCUUUUGACCAAUGGUUCUCUGGCCAGGGCCGUGACCAGGACACUGUUGUCCAACAGCUUCAUCGAGUUCUCCGGCCUUUCUUACUCCGGCGUGUCAAGAGUGACGUGGAAAAGAGUCUCCUUCCAAAGAAGGAGGUUAACGUUUACAUUGGCAUGUCGGAGAUGCAGGUCAAAUGGUACCAAAAGAUCCUCGAAAAGGAUAUCGACGCCGUCAACGGCGCGGGUGGAAAGCGGGAGUCCAAGACGCGGUUGCUCAAUAUAGUCAUGCAGCUCCGCAAGUGUUGUAACCAUCCCUACCUCUUCGAGGGCGCAGAGCCCGGCCCGCCUUAUACCACGGAUGAGCAUCUGGUUUACAACUCUGGGAAGAUGUUGGUCUUGGACAAGCUGUUAAAAAGACUGCAGAAACAAGGCAGCCGGGUGCUCAUCUUCUCCCAGAUGAGUCGUUUGUUGGAUAUUCUGGAGGAUUACUGCGUGUUCCGGGGCUACAAGUAUUGCCGCAUCGACGGUGGCACUGCGCAUGAGGAUCGUAUUGCCGCCAUCGACGAGUAUAACAAGCCCGAUUCGGAGAAGUUCAUCUUUUUGUUGACCACAAGAGCGGGAGGGUUGGGAAUCAAUCUGACCACUGCCGACAUCGUCAUUCUUUACGACAGCGACUGGAAUCCGCAAGCCGAUUUGCAAGCCAUGGACCGAGCUCACCGCAUUGGUCAGACCAAACAGGUGGUCGUAUAUCGCUUCGUUACGGACAAUGCCAUUGAGGAGAAGGUUUUGGAGCGUGCGGCGCAGAAGCUGCGUCUCGACCAGCUGGUCAUCCAGCAAGGGCGUGCGCAGGUCGCCGCCAAAGCUGCUGCGAACAAGGACGAGCUUCUUUCCAUGAUCCAGCACGGCGCGGAAAAGGUGUUCCAAACCAAGGGCGCCUUCGGAACGCUUGCAGAAAAGAAUGGCGAAUUGGAUGAUGAUGACAUCGAUGCCAUCUUGCAGGCCGGCGAAAGCAGGACCAAGGAGCUGAAUGCCAGAUAUGAGAAGCUCGGCAUCGACGACCUGCAGAAAUUCACCUCGGAGUCGGCUUAUGAGUGGAAUGGCGAGGACUUUGCCGCACGCAAGAAAGAUAUUGGCAUCAACUGGAUCAACCCGGCGAAGCGCGAGCGCAAGGAGCAAAUAUACUCGAUUGACAAGUACUACAAGCAGGCCCUGCACACUGGGGGCAGAACCACCGAGGCAAAGCCGAAAGCGCCCCGUGCGCCCAAACAGGUUCCGGUUCACGACUACCAGUUCUACCCUCCUAGACUGCGCGAUCUCCAGGAUAGGGAGACCGCAUACUACCGAAAAGAAAUCGGGUACAAGGUCCCUCUUCCCGAGGGCGACGACGAGAACCUGUCGGAGCGCGAGGCCGAGCGAGCUCUGGACCAACAGGAGAUCGACAAUGCCACACCCUUGACCGAGGAGGAACAAGAGGAGAAACAGGCACUUGCACAGCAAGGGUUCGGUGACUGGAAUCGCAGGGAUUUCCAGCAGUUCAUUAACGGGUCCGGGCGCUAUGGGCGGACGAACUACGAAGCAAUUGCGCAGGAGGUCGACAGCAAGACCCCGGCGGAAGUCAAGGCGUAUGCCAAGGUCUUUUGGCAGCGGUACACCGAGAUUGCCGAUUACAAUAAGUAUAUCAAGAUCAUCGAAGACGGUGAAGAGAGGAUGCGCAAGAUCGAGCACCAGCGCAAGAUGCUGCGCAAGAAGAUGAGCAAGUACCGUGUGCCUCUGCAGCAACUCAAGAUCAGCUAUUCUGUCUCAACGACCAACAAGAAAGUGUACACAGAGGAGGAGGAUCGCUUCCUCCUGGUGCUGUUGGAUAAGUAUGGUGUGGACUCGGAAGGAAUCUACGAAAAGAUCCGGGACGAGAUCCGGGAGAGCCCUCUUUUCCGCUUUGACUGGUUCUUCCUCAGCCGGACUCCGACCGAGCUGAGCCGUCGUUGUAACACUCUCCUCACGACAGUCGUCAAGGAGUUUGAGGAUGUCAACACGACCAAGACGAAUGGCGUCAACGGGAAACUUAAGCGAGAGCCGGAUGACGAUGAGAAUGAUGAGGACAGCGUCCUCGGGAUGGCGCCGGCCAAGAAGAAGACUAAGGCGAACGGUGUCAAGAAUAAGGCGCUCGAUAGUGUAAAGUCAGCGGCGGGUAGCAAGGCGACUUCUACGUCAGCUUCGCGGGCGUCAAGUGUCGCAUCGACAAACUCCAAUGCCCCGGCCUCAAAGAGCAAGUCAAAGGGCAAGAAGAAGUAAAGCAUAGAUUAGUGUCCUCCGAGGUUUAUGGUUAGGAACUAGAUAGGGUGAUGAACGGUUGAGCAUGUCGCAACUGGGACUUUAGUUUUGUCUUUCUGUCUCGGUCGAUGGAAGGUUGUGACGAGGGGCUAGAUUAGGACAGGAGUUCAGGGGUUAUUUCGUCGUCUAUGUUUGCUAUCACGGAACUGGAGUCGCAAAACAGUGACUUUGCUGGGCAUCUAUCUCCAAGGGAGGCAAGGCUCAACUCAAGGACUACGUAUGUAGAAGAGAAGGGGUGAUAGCAAUUGCAGUGGAUUAGCGCUCUACUCGGAUCAAUGACGGCGCCGUACUAAAAGUUUCCCAACAGCGCCGGCCCGUCCACUUUUCAGUGCGAGGGAUCAGACCAAAAGGCAUCUGUGCAUGAUCAAAGCCAGGGAGUG